AUGGGUGAGCACGUUUACCAUGGCGCCCAAGCGUGCUCCAGCAGCAAUCCCAGGAAAUGCCAGGACCUAGGAGACUCAAUUCUUCUGAUUCUGGGCAGCCUCAUCUUGCUCAGUAUGGGGAUCAACGUAGUGACUCUGCUCUGGGAACAUCUGAAGAACUCCUUGCGAAUUCUCUUCCAUCAUUUUUUCCCCAAAGACAAGCAGCAGAGCAGCCAUCUGACGGGUGCACGCUACCCCACGAAUUCCAGGAAAUUGCGCUCACGAGUCUCUUCCCACAUCUAUCAUCACCCAAAUGUCCUGUUCAGGCACUCUAACCAUCUGGAUCCCUGGGAGCCAGACAUGGAUGAUGAGGAGGCUUGUAGGUACUGUUGGAAGCUCUCUCGGUGUGGACACGAAGGGGCUCUCCUGGAAGAGGGGACAAUGGGAGCUGGGGAGGCCCCACAGGCCCUGAACUUAAAGACCCAAGCUAACUUUCUCUCCAAGCAAGCUAUGUCUUCUCAAGAUACAAGAAGGAACAAGUUGGAGAUGGCCCCACUGAACUUGUCCCAGGAGAGGAAGAGGAAGACCCCGGACUCUACCCCUGCUGAAGCCAAGCACAACUCCUCAGCCCCCAAUGCUGAGCAGAUCCCUACCUCCCAGACCAGCCCCCCAGCUCAGAACCCUCAGGAUAUUUCCUGUCAGGGACAAUGUGGCAUCCCAGACUGCAUUUCUAAGCACACCAUCCCACAGGCCCAGAACAACUCCAAAACCCUCGCCCCUGAGCAUAUUCCUAACAAGGUCCAGGGCACUGAACUCACCUCAGCUGGCUGCCCAGUCCAGAACCCAGCCCCUACACCAUUAGGUGCCUCGGUCUCUUCCCUGGGCUAUACCCCUCAGACCAUGGCUUCAGAUAGCCCAGCUCCCAUGCAGAGUUAUGUUCAUGCAAACCAUGAUCACAUCCCUGUCCCAAAUUCUGUUCCAGUCACUCCUCUGAAUUUUGAUCCUAUUGCCACUCCUGCCCCAAUCCCAACACCAGCCCCUGUUUCAGUCCCCAUCCCAACCCUGGCCCCGUCACUGGACAGGACCCUUACGACCACUCCAGCUGCCACUCCUAUCCCUGCGUCCACCCCUGCCACCUUUCUAACUCCCACCCUGCCUACCGUCAAUCAUGGCCUCUCCACUGGUCAUGUGGUCUAUGAUGCCCGUAGGGCAAAGCAAAACUUAGUUCAAAUGGCUACCCCCCAGAACUCUAAUAUGUCCAGGAAGGACCUAGAAACCCUCUUCAAACCUCAAGAGGGCCAAGAUCUGGUGAACUCUGAUACAACUGGGCAAAUAUCCAAACCAAAUAAUGGAGAUAGAGACAAGCCUUCUAUGGGAUCCACACUGGGUAAUACUGAAUGGAAGCUUUCAAAGGAUGCUGAAGACAAGACUAACUCUUCCCAGUCCAAACCCUUUUCUUACUACAGCUUCAAUUCCUGCAGUUGUGAGGAUAAAAGUAAAGACCCCCAGUCUUCUAUCUCCCCCCAGUUCCUGGUUUACUCAAAGGAUGAAGCACCUUCGCAACCUUGCUUUCAUUCCCCAACAAGCACCCGGAACACGCAGUACGCGUCACCACCAUGCAAUCUUUCUCUGCCUCUUGCUCCCCCUAGAUCCUUUGUUUUUCAUCCUCCUGGCAACCACUUGAAGGCCAACCUAAAUACUUCUGCCUUUCUCACAACCUCCAAGCCUCCCAGGCCCAGCCCUGCUUCGCAGUGCCCCAACCCUUACCAGUUUUCCACAAUUCCCCAACCUCAGUCCACCAAACUUCAUGCAAGUCAAAGUAUCAUUCGAGACUCUGGACACCAAAAGACUCCAGGUCCUUUCAGAGAUCCUAUGGUUCCCCGGAAACCAAACCUUACCCAAAAUGGAGGCCUCCACAAAAACCCAGGUCUUUGUAAGAGUCUAGUCACUCCUCAAGACUCUGACCUUCAUAAGAACUCAAUCUUUCAUGAAGAUUUGUCCUCAAAGAGCAUGGGUCUUAUAAAAGAUGCUGGUACCAUUAGGAAUCCCACUCUCACCCAACCCUCUACGCACUACAAGAACAUGCCGUUCCCCCCAAAAUUUGACAGUCAGAAGAGCCCCAGUUGUACACAAGAUUCAAGAGUCUAUAGAAAUCUAGAACAAAACCAAGAGACUGUAGUCUAUAAAAGUCAAGAUAUCUCCCAAACAAGUGACCUCCAAAACCACCCAGACUCUGGUAUAUACAAGAAUCUAUUCUUUUCCCAACCCCUUGGCCACUGUAAAGGUUCAAGUCCUACCCAAGAGUCAGGAGACUACAAGAGCCUAUGCCAUCCUCAAGAGUCCAACCUUCACGAGAAUCUAGGCCUGAGCCUAGUCCCUGAAGCUAAACAGAAAUGUGCUUCUGCCCAAAAUGUGGGAAUUUAUUGGAGUCCAGAAAACAUUCAAGACCCUAAUUUCCACAAAUAUCUAGGAGCACACCAAGAUCAUGACCCCAGUCAGAAACGAGUCUCUACUAAAAACUCUGGCCAGCUCAAGCAUAUUCGUUUUUCACAGGAACCCAGCCUCCGAAAGGAUUCACACCUCAAUCCAAAUCCUGACCCCAGGAAGCCAAGUGGCUUUGCUCAAGGUAUUGGCUCUGUCCAAGUCUUGGAUUCACCUCAGGACCCAAAGCCAGCACAGUCCCUGAAGAAAUCAUUUGUAUCGAAGGGGGCUCCUCAUGAGAAUGCAGAGCCACAUGUAUCGUGGAUGUCUGUUCCGCCCAAUCAGAACAACUCUUCCAAGAGCCAUGGGGCCGGUAACGACCUGCAGAACUUCUCAGAGGUACCUGUGCUAGUUGAGUUGCAGCCAUCUACCAAGCAAACCAGAAGCCAAGAGUGGGUAUACCAACCUGUGAACAUAGUUCCUUCAGACCACCAGAACUAUCGUCAGACGUCUGUGCCUCCCAAAGUCAACUGGAAGCCCUAUUAUCCUGGGAGAGGCACCCGGCUAGGUCAUGUGGUCUUUGAUGCGCGCCAGAGACAGUCUGGAGUGGGCAGGGACAAAUGUGAGGCUCUCUUUCCCAAGCACCUUCGCCAAGAAAUGCCCAGUAACUCAGCAGAGUGGGGAUAUCAGUGUGGCCUGAGGCCCAUGGACCUCAGAGAGGGGACAAAGAUGCACCAGGAAUAA